AUGCGAUACUUGGUAGAGUAUCUUCCAAGAAUCAAGAAGAUAACGGUUAUUCUUGAUGAAUGCGUGGAACCAAGACUUGUACAGGUGAAGCCCUUAGAAGUGCACAUUAGAGAAAAUAAUUCGAUCAGCAUCAUCAAACUACCCUAUGAAGUUGAAUUACAAGAUUCAUUACAGUUGACUGAAGGUACUCAAGGAGAAUAUUUACUACGACUGAGGACACUUGCUAGUCCAUUGGAAAAAAUGAACGAUGUAAUGUCAGUUCCUGCAGGUAAAUGGACCAAAAAAGAUCUGAACUUGGAAAAUGGAUUCGAGUUGAAUUGUUUGAAGUGUAACACUCCUGUUAUCAGCACUUCUAAUAUAAAUAAGAUUAAUGAGCUGCCGUCGGAAUUCUGGAUGGAAUUGAUGGAUUAUUGGCAUUGCCAUAAGCCACAGGUAGGUGAUAAUGAACUUUUAGAUUAUUCGGUUGGACGAAAUACUCUUAUACCAUUAACGGGAGAAUUACUUGUGGGUAAUUCAUUCUUUUUGUUGUUACCAUCAACUUUACAACGUCAAGCUGCAAUGAAGCAUGAAGAAUUGACAUGUUUGAAGUGUAACUCAAUAUUGGGCGACAGGACUACAGAAGGACUCUGCCGAUUAUACAAGUGGAAACUAUACCUCCGAAAAAAUGAUGAAACUGAUUACUUUAAACCAGAAGAUCAUGUGCUUUUGUCCAUGCUUGAAGCAUUAAAGGGGAACUCUGAACGAUACACGAUUUUGAAAUGGGAGGAAAAUGUGAUUCUACUCUGGUUAUUCUCUAUUGAUAUCGGUGUAACAUUGUCUGGUGGGAAGGUUUUGAAGAGGGCAGUUAAGAUAUUUUACACUAGUGAUUUGGCAGUUAUUAAGAAGAUUUGUGACGAAAGACAAGUGGAGGAAAUAAAGGUUAAUGGUGACGUUUUCGAUGCCUUCAAAAAAACGAUCGAGAAUGUUCAUGACAUGUUACCUCAGUGUUCGCGAGGCCUUGGGCAGUGGGAAGCAUGUUAUCUUGAGCUAUUCUCUUCUUUAUAG